AGGCUCCCCGCAGUAAGUUUUGCGCAUCUGUGCGCUGGGGGUACUUCUUCUUUUCCUGGUUGUUUGUGAAGUUGCCUGCGCACCGCCCCGCGCUGCCGGCGGGGCCGAUGCUGAGCGGUGCAGGGCGCUGAACGGCGCGGGCGCUGCCCGCGGCCGCCGCCCGGGCUAUGCUGACCUGUGUGCCGCCGUCCCCCGCCGCCGAGCUCCCUGGCGAACGUCGGGGGCGAUGCUGUCCCAGGCGGGAGCCGUGCUGCCGCUGAAGUGACUGCCGCCUCCCCCUGUUCCCCGCCCCGCACGCCCCCAGCGCCAGGCGCCUGCGGGAGGGAGCCGCGCUCCGGCCGCACGCGUGGCCCCUGCGCUGCUGCGGUCGCCACAAUGGGGCCGGCGACGAGGAACUUCGUGCCGACUCUGCUGGCGCUCUGCUGGCUGACCUGCUGCUGCACGGGGAUAAGCUCCAUAGACAUUGACCGCCCCGGUGACGGGAGGUGCCAGCCCAUAGAAAUCCCCAUGUGCAAGGAUAUAGGGUACAACAUGACGAGGAUGCCUAACCUGAUGGGACACGAAAACCAAAGGGAAGCUGCCAUUCAGCUGCACGAGUUUGCCCCCUUGGUGGAAUAUGGUUGCCACAGCCAUCUGAAAUUUUUCCUUUGCUCCCUCUAUGCCCCUAUGUGCACAGAGCAGGUUUCUACACCAAUCCCAGCCUGCAGGGUUAUGUGCGAGCAGGCGAGGCUGAAAUGCUCUCCUAUUAUGGAGCAGUUCAAUUUUAAAUGGCCAGACUCCUUAGACUGCAGUAAACUGCCCAACAAGAACGACCCCAAUUACCUGUGCAUGGAAGCCCCCAACAAUGGAUCAGAUGAGCCACCCAGAGGAUCCAGCAUGCUGCCACCCAUGUUUCGUCCGCAGAGGCCCAGCAGCGGCCACGAUCUGCAGCAGCAUAAGGACAGCCUCAGCAGAACCUCCUGUGAAAAUCCUGGCAAGUUCCACCAUGUGGAAAAGAGUGCUUCCUGCGCACCACUCUGCACUCCAGGGGUUGAUGUUUACUGGAGCAAGGAUGACAAACAAUUUGCUGUCAUUUGGAUUGCCAUCUGGUCCAUUCUGUGCUUCUUCUCCAGUGCUUUUACUGUACUCACUUUUCUGAUAGAUCCUCAGCGUUUCAAGUACCCCGAGAGGCCCAUUAUCUUCCUCUCAAUGUGCUACUGUGUCUACUCAGUGGGGUACAUCAUUCGCCUCUUUUCAGGUGCUGAAAGCAUUGCCUGUGAUAGGGAUAGCGGCCAACUCUAUGUCAUCCAGGAAGGACUGGAGAGCACUGGUUGCACCAUUGUGUUCCUGGUUCUGUAUUACUUUGGUAUGGCGAGUUCCUUGUGGUGGGUAAUCUUGACUUUAACUUGGUUUCUAGCAGCUGGGAAAAAAUGGGGGCAUGAAGCAAUUGAAGCAAACAGUAGCUACUUUCAUUUGGCAGCAUGGGCCAUUCCAGCUGUGAAGACCAUAAUGAUCCUAGUUAUGAGAAGGGUGGCUGGAGAUGAGCUGACAGGGUUGUGCUAUGUUGGAAGCAUGGAUGUGAAUGCCUUGACAGGGUUUGUACUCAUUCCUUUGGCUUGUUAUCUAAUCAUUGGCACUUCUUUUAUUCUUUCUGGUUUUGUGGCCCUUUUUCAUAUCAGGAGGGUGAUGAAAACAGGUGGAGAAAAUACUGACAAGUUGGAGAAACUUAUGGUCAGGAUUGGUGUCUUCUCAGUCUUGUAUACAGUGCCUGCAACUUGUGUGAUAGCUUGCUAUUUUUAUGAAAGACUUAAUAUGGAUUAUUGGAAAAUUGUGGCAACUCAACAGAAAUGCAAAAUGAACAAUCAGACUAAAAAUUUAGACUGUAUGAUGAAUAACUCUAUUCCAGCAGUAGAAAUUUUUAUGGUCAAAAUUUUUAUGUUGUUAGUCGUGGGCAUUACUAGUGGUAUGUGGAUCUGGACUUCUAAGACUCUUCAGUCCUGGCAAAAUGUUUGUAGUCGAAGAUUAAAGAAGAGAAGUAGGAGAAAACCUGCAAGUGUUAUUACAAGUAGCGGAAUCUACAAAAAACCUCAACAUCCACAGAAAACUCACCUUGCAAAAUAUGAAUCGACAUUACAGCCACCCACUUGUGUGUGACCAGGUUUUAGAAAAGACUAUCUCACCUUACAGACUUACAAAUGUCCACAGUAGCAGUCAGAUAUUAAAAAAUAAAUGGUGCUUUUUUUUUUUUUUUUUUUUUUCCCCUCCAGAGAACAGUUUAACAUCUCAAGGCAAAAAAUGUAUCACUCUGAAUUCAGGACCUGGUGAAAAACUGAAGGUAAAUGUACUUACAGAAAGGUUUUCAGUGAAAGAAUUAUUGUGAAUUAAAACAGUCUCUUCUGUUACUAAUUUGUAGUUAAGUACUUCAU